CGUCUGCUCACUUCCGGCUGCUUCCUGGCGCCCUCCGUUCACUCCAGGCCAACACAGUUUCGUGAUCUUGUCCAGUAGAAGGCUGCUUUAUUUUUACAACUGCUCAAGUUCUGACAUACAAGAUGAAGCACAAUGCUGCAGGAAAUGCUGCCUACACUGUGGAUUGUGAAGAUUAUGUGCAUGUGGUAGAAUUUAAUCCCUUUGAGAGUGGGGAUUCAGGAAACCUAAUUGCGUAUGGUGGCAAUAACUACGUGGUCGUUGGCAUGUGUACAUUUCAGGAGGAAGAAGCAGACAUUGAUGGAAUUCAGUAUAAAACACUACGAACGUUUCAUCAUGGAGUCAGGGUCGAUGGUAUAGCUUGGAGCCCAGAGACUAGACUGGAUUCAUUGCCUCCAGUAAUCAAAUUUUGUACUUCAGCAGCUGAUAUGAAAAUUAGAUUAUUUACUUCAGAUCUUCAGGAUAAAAAUGAAUACAAGGUUUUAGAAGGCCAUUCAGAUUUCAUUAAUGGUUUGGUGUUUGAGCCCAAAGAAGGCCAAGAAAUUGCAAGUGUUAGUGAUGAUCAUACCUGCAGGAUUUGGAACCUGGAAGGAAUGCAGACAGCUCAUUUUGUUCUUCAUUCCCCUGGAAUGAGUGUGUGCUGGCAUCCUGAGGAAACAUUCAAGCUUAUGGUUGCAGAGAAGAAUGGAACAAUCCGGUUUUAUGAUCUUUUGGCCCAACAGGCUAUUUUAUCUCUUGAAUCAGAGCAGAUGCCAUUAAUGUCAGCACACUGGUGCUUAAAAAACACCUUCAAGGUUGGAGCUGUCGCAGGGAAUGAUUGGUUAAUUUGGGAUAUUACUCGAUCCAGUUACCCUCAAGAUAAGAGGCCCGUCCACACAGACCGAGCCUACUUAUUCAGGUGGUCCUCCAUUAAUGAAAACUUGUUUGCAACUACUGGCUAUCCUGGUAAAAUGGCAAGCCAGUUUCAGAUUCAUCACUUAGGACAUCCUCAGCCCAUCCUCACUGGUUCCGUAGCGGUUGGAUCCGGUCUUUCCUGGCAUAGGACCCUCCCACUGUGUGUAAUUGGAGGAGAUCACAAGCUCUUGUUUUGGGUGACUGAAAUGUAAAGUAAAUUCACUCUUACCUUGGAUCCAUAAGCAUAUUUUUAGUACAUAUUUUGGACAAUUUCUUAUUUUUAUAUCAAAUAUACUGUAAGUUCUACAAAUGUCUGGAUUGUUUUGUGAAAUAAAAUAUUGAUGGUUUGAAAAAUUAUUUUCUGACUCU